GGGGCGAUGCGGGCGCGGAGCCGCUCCACCCCUCGCUGUGUUUACCCCAAAUAAACGCGGGGGCCGCGGCCCGGCCCGCACCUUAAAAGCGGGGCAGGCGCGGGGCCAGGGGGGCCCGGCGGGGCUGGCCGAGCUGGCCCAUGCUGCAGGUGGGGCUCAGCUCGCCCCGCUGCCCCGGGGCCGCGGCCGUCGCCUGCCCCAUGGCCGAGCCGGCGGCGGGCGAGGAGCCGGGCACCGGGCCAGAGGCGCUGGGCUCAUCCCCGGUCACCAUCGUGGUCACGUCCGAGGCCGACACGUGGGACAUCGACGACACCUCCUCGUGCCGGGGCCGCGGGCACUUCGUGGACUGGGCCAAGAUGCCGGAGCCGCAGGGGCCGGCGCGGAUCCCGCGGGACGUCCUGGGCAGGCCCCCGAAGGAGCUGAAGAGGCUGGCGAGGGAAGGCUGCUGGGCCGGGAGCCACGCGGGCCGGGCCCGGCUCUACCCGCGGCUCAUCCAGCGGGUCUCCUGCCGCCUCGUCACCCCCGACGCGCUCGUGUACCGGGACGUGGCCGGCCGGCUCUUCGGGAAGCCCAGCGUGAGCUCGCACCCUCUGCCCGAGUUCCUGGAGGGCUGCCCCGUGCCCACCUACUGCCUCAGCCCGCACGGGGUCACGGCCCUGAAGAAGAUCCUCAUCUGCGUGGGCGCCCUGUUCCCCGACAUCACGCACAGCCCCCUGCUGCCCGCGCUGGCCGCGCUGCUGCUGCACUACAGCGAGGACGAGGCGCAGUGCUUCGAGAGCCUCUCGCGCCUCAUCGCCAGCAACGCUCCGCACGCCGCCUACAUCGACCAGUCCUUCCUGGCCCACCAGGCCUCCUGCAUGACCUUCGGGGACCUGGCCAGCAAGCACUGCCCGGCGGCUCACAAGCUCGUGGCCGGCGCCGCCGACAACGUGCUCGAGGUCUACUCGGAGUGGCUGUCGUGGCUCUUCCCCGGGCUGCCCUUCGGCUACGCCGUGCGCGUGCUGGACGUGUUCCUGCUGGAGGGCCAGAAGGUGCUGUACCGCAUCGCCCUGGCCCUGCUCAAGCAGUUCAGGCUCUCGGCGGCCCCGGCCGGGCCGCAGGGCUGCGACGUCAAGGCGGAGCUGCAGGCUUUCGUCAGGAACAUCGCCGAGCACCUGACCGUGGACAAGCUCCUGGAGAGAGCCUUCGCCAUCCGCCUGUUCUCCCGCAAGGAGCUCUGGCUGCUGCACAUGGCCAACAGGAAGGCCUUGGUGGAGAGGGGCAUCACCGUGGUGCAGAGGAGGCCGUCCUUCCACCUGGCUGUGGACAUGCAGAAGUUCAGCUCCAGCACGGUCACGGCGCAGGAGAUGCGCCUCGUCUGGUCCUGGAUCCCCGAGCGCUUCUCGCUCUUCCCCCCGCUGCUGCUCUUCUCCACCUCCGAGGACGGCUGCAGCCUGCAGAGGUUCUACACGUGCUGUGAAGGCUACGAACCCACGGUGCUGCUCAUCAAAACCACCGAGGGGGAGGUGUGUGGGGCGUUUCUCUCCUCCGACUGGGCCGAGAGGAAGAAGAGCGGAGCCACGUCGGGCUUUUUUGGGACAGGGGAGUGCUUUGUGUUCACUGUGCGCCCCGAGGCGGAGCGCUACGAGUGGGUGCUCAUCAAGAAGCCGGAGCUGGCCAAGGCCGUGCCGCGCUCCCGGCAGCGCUCGCCUUCCCCCGCUCCCGAAUCCGCGCUCGGCUCCUCCCGGGACAGCUCCAGCCCCAAGCACCUGGCCGUGCCCUCGGCGCAGAGGAGAGGCCGCCUGUCCCCGUUCCUGGCCAUCAGGCACUUCCUGCUGCCCUCCAAAACUGCCUCCAUGUUCAUGGCCGGCUCCCGGGACGGGAUCGUCAUCGGGGGAGGGGGAGGCCAGGCGCUGUCCCUGGACGCCAGCCUGCUCCGGGGACGCACGGAGCACUGCGAGACCUUCGACAACCCCCCGCUCUGCCAGGAGAACUUCCAGGUGCAGCUCUUGGAGGUGUGGGGCUUUCAAAGCGCGUAGGUGCCGUGGGGACACCCCCGUGUGCCACCCGCGGGCACCGGGACCCCUCCCCGCGCUGGCCACCCCCGGCCGGGCCGUGGCACCUGGGCGGCUGCUCCGCUGCCCGUGGUCCCCUCCGCGGCCAGACCGGAGCAGAGCAGAGCAGAGCAGAGCAGACUGGAGCAGAUCGGAUCAGACUGGAGCAGAGCAGAGUGGAUCAGAGCAGACCGGAUCAACCAGACCGGAUCCGAGCAGAUGGCAAAGCCCUGCCUGCGGUUUGUGGGUGCAGUGACAGCUCCGGAGGGAACCCCACCUUUGGGGCUGAGCCCUUCGCUCUGUCCCCAGCCCAGGGCUGGCAGGGGGCUGCAGGGCUGGACACUGAGGAGAUUCCCCAAUGGGACCACCAGGAUGGGCCAUUCUAACAUGAAAUGGGAAUGUUUGGUGUCACGGGGCUGGGACCACCAGGAUCAGCCAUUCUAACGUGGAAUGGGGAGGUUUGGUGUUGCUCUGUCAGUCAUGGGAGGGUUGGAGGCACAGGGAACCCUCUGGCUGCAGCAGGAGAACCUCUCCCACCCCAAACACACUUUCCCAGGUGGGGUCACCUCCCACCCAUCCCAGCCCUGCAGCCACUCGGGGCAGGAGCUGUGGCUGCCCCGGGGCUGAGCCAGCACUGGCAGGAGGGCACAGCAGCAGCAGCAGCAGCGAUGGCAGAGCUCCCAGGAAGCUGGGCAUGGGCACACCAGGAAUGGCUCACAGCCUCCACAGGGUACCCAGGCACACCAGGAAUGGCUCUGAGCCUCCACAGGGUACCCAGGCACACCGGGAAUGGCUCUGAGCCUCCACAGGGUACCCAGGCACACCGGGAAUGGCUCUGAGCCUCCACGGGGUACCCAGGCACACCGGGAAUGGCUCUGAGCCUCCACAGGGUACCCAGGCACACCGGGAAUGGCUCUGAGCCUCCACGGGGUACCUCGGCACACCAGGAAUGGCUCUGAGCCUCCACAGGGUACCCAGGCACAAAGGGAAUGGCUCAGGGCCUCCACAGGGUACCCAGGCACACCGGGAAUGUUGUGUCUGGGCCAGAGCCACCAGGAGGGGAAUCAGCAGGAAUGAGAAAUGCCCAGGGGAAGGGAAUUCCGGCAGUGGGAAGCGCGACCAGCGAGAGAGCUGCUCCUGUGAGUGAUCAGGAAGCACCCAGCAAUCCGGGCUGGGAUGCCAGUCACUACAAAGCAAACAUUAAUAAAGCGAUGGGAUCGGCACGGA